UGUGAGAAACAUGAGAGACCUCUGGAGCUCUUCUGUAGAGAUGAUCAGACAUGUGUUUGUGUGUUUUGUACUGAUGGAGAUCACAAGAAUCACAACACUGUUCCUCUGGAGGAGGAGAGUAAAGAGAAGAAGACUCAACUGAUGAAGACACAGACAGACAUUCAGCAGAUGAUCCAGAAGAGAAUCAAGAAGAUUCAAGACAUCAAACACUCAGCAGAACUCAGAAAAAGAAGCAGAGAGCAGGAGAAAGCAGCGAGUGUUGAGGUCUUCAGUGAUCUGAUCAGAUUCAUUGAGAGAUGUCAGACUGAGCUGCUGGAGAUGAUGGAGGAGGAACAGAAAGCAGAAGAGAAACAGGAUGAAGAUCUCAUUAAAGAUCUGGAGCAGGAGAUCACUGAGCUGAAGCUGAGAGACAGUGAGCUGGAGAAGAUCACACAAGAUCAUCUUCAUCUCAUACAGAUUGACUCAUCAUCCCUUUACAGACCUCCAGACAUGAAGAACUGGUCUGAGAUCAGUAUGAAGACUCAUGUGAGUGUGGAGACUCUGAGGAGAGCUCUGAUUCAACUACAGGAGACUCUCAAUGAAAAGCUCACUCAAACUGUGUUGAUGAAGAUGCAGCAGUAUGCAGUGGAUGUGACUCUGGAUUCUGAUACAGCUCAUCCAAAACUUGUCCUAUCUGAAGAUGGUAAACAAGUGAGAACUGGAGACAAUGAGCAAAAACUCCCAGAUAAUCCAGAGAGAUUUGAUUAUUGCCACUGUGUCCUGGGAAAAGAAGGAUUCACCUCAGGGAGAUUUUAUUUUGAGGUUCAGGUAAAAGGAAAGACUAACUGGGAUGUAGGAGUGGCCAGUGAAUCUAUUAACAGAAAGGGAAGAAUCACAGCGACUCCUCAGGAUGGACACUGGGUUGUGGUUUUAAGAGAUAAGAGGGAUUAUUCAGCCUUUGCCGGACCCCCUGUCUUGCUGUCUCUGAGGUUGAGUCCACAGAAGGUCGGGGUGUUUGUGGAUUAUGAGGAGGGUUUGGUUUGUUUUUAUGAUGUAGAGUCCGGGUCUCAUAUCUACUCUUAUACUGCUCAAACUUUCACUCAAAAACUUUUUCCAAUAUUUAGUCCAUGUCUUAAUGAUAAAGGUAAAAAUGUAGCACCACUGAUAAUCUCACCUGUUCAUUACAACAAAUGAAUUUAAAAUCAGUGUUACAUGUUCAUCUGUGUGUUUUUGAGAUUAAAGCGUCAAAGUACUGAAGGCAUGACCAUAAAAAUGUCAAAAAAAUCUAAUCAUUUAAUCUGUUGCUGUAAAUGACAGAUUAAAAACUAAGCUUUAAAUAUCCAUUAAUAUCCAUUAAUUUCAGGAAACUCUUUUCUAUCAUCAGAAAGUGAAAACAGAUCAUAAUAUUAAAUCGCACGAGCGACAUUCGGGUCAGUGCAAGGCAAGACAUAAUUGUGACUUUAGUCCGGUUUUUCUUUCGGUGCAGAUAUUUUCCAUGUCAUCUCUGAAAUUGCAGGAACAUCUUAUUUGUUUUAGCUCAACUUCUGACAAGAUAAAGCUUUUAAAUACAAUAAAACUGCU